AAUUCACCAACUGGCAUCAUUCGGAGUCCAAGUGCCCACAAGUUCGGAUCGUCACGUUUCUCGGGAGUUGUUUACAAUUCUUACGCGUCGCACGUGGUUCCAAUCGUCAACGAAUCGCACCGGCUAGAUUAAGUAAAUGUUCUGUUUUGGUUGAUGGUGGAAUGCUUCCGUUUCUAGGAAUCGUUGCAUAAGUGCAUUGAGGUUACCUUGAAAUUACGUUCGUUGGGCGCCGCAAUGACAAUCUACGGAAAAUUAGUGCAAAUCAUUAUUAUCUCUUUCUGAGAGGAAGAAAUUGGCGUUGUUUUGGCUGUGUCUGACCGUCCGGAUAUUGCUGCGUGAACAGCUAUUUGCCGAGUUCAACCACGUCGUCGGAUUGCGGUUGAUGUGCAUCAUGCGCUGCUGCUGAGAGGUGGUGAACCGAACAUUGAUAGGAAGCACUUUGUCCAUAAGAUGAACAACAUUCCACUAGCAUAGAAAGCAUCAGCACCUCAUCUCAUAAUGUCCAACGAAUCAAUUCUACAUAAACGGAACGUUUUGAUAACCAAUGGAUGCUCCCCGCUUUCGCAGUUACUGUGCGAACUGUUGAUCGAGAUUCACAAAUGCCGCGUGGCUUUAGUCACUCCUCCUUCCGGGAAACGAUCGGACUCAGUUCGUCAUCAACAAUUUAACUGUGACCUAUCCAGCAGGAAAGAGGUCAGUGAACUGGCAUCGAAGCUCAAAACACAAUUUGGUUCGAUUCAGUUGGUGAUUCAUCAAGAAUGCGACAACGGUAUCGGAAUAACGGACGAACAAAUGGAACAAUUCGUCAGUCAGACAUCGAGCGACAUUUUAGGAUAUGUUAACCUCCUCACAUGCUUCGUCCCUGACAUGUUACAUCAAGGCUCUGGACGCAUUGUCUCCAUCAAAAACACUCCCAGUAGAGCUCACGCUGCCAUAGACUGCUUGCCGGAUUAUGAUGAUCUCGUAGAAAGUAUUUGCCGCACUCAAGUGGCUUCUGGUCUCAGCCGUCCGGAAAACAUCCGGUUAACCACCGUUUUCACCAAUCAUCCGCAGCAGCAAAAACACCAGACAAAGCUAGCGCCGAAUCUUAAUUUGUCCAGCAAAGAAGUCGCGCAGCGGAUUCUCAUGGGAAUCGAAUCGGAUCAGACACACGUUCAGGUCCAUACGCGACGCAAUUUGUUUGAGUUCUGCUCGAGCAAUAUCGUUCAGUUGGCCACGUUCGGGUUGGAUAAGCUGCAACUGAGAAAAUCUCAGAAAAUUCCAAUGAAGGUACAAUAAAGUUGUAUUUUGAAAGCAAAUGAAGUGUAAUGAAA